AUGCUGAGUGAAAAGAUUCCACUUGCGAGCGCUGCCCAGUUGAUGAUGUUGAUGUUGUUUGCAGUGAGAAGUAAGAAGCGCAGUCGACGGGCUUUCUUGGAUGCGCCUGCCUGGCUCCAAAGUGAAGAUAGUUGGAUCCCCGUGCGCUGGGAGACCUGCCCCAGCACUGAAAAGAACGUCCACAAGAACAAGCACAGAGAUGGCACCAAGACCAUCAACGGCUUCCGGGUCUACAAAGAUCGCUUGGGCGAUGGGAACUUUGCAAAAGUGAAGCGUUGUGAGGAGGAGGAGACUGGAAGGACCUUCGCCAUGAAGGUCUUCCGCAAGCUGCCCCUGCGGCGGCAGCGCGAGUUCAUGCGCUCGGGCGAGGGAAUGACGGUCCGCACCCACCUGGACAAAGUCUAUGGGGAGCUGGAAUUGAUGAAGGGCAUUACUCACCCGGGCUGUGUUCGACUCUACGCCAUUUUUGAUGAAGCUCAUCAGAAUGGCAAGAUCUACGCGGUCCUGGAGCACGUGCCGGGUGGACAAGUCAUGGACUGGGACGAGGUCAAGUGCCGCUUUUUUGCAGUGGGCAUGGCGGCGCAAGAGGCGGAUGCCUCAGGGCUCAUCCCAGAGGAGAAGAUGAAGGUCUACCUCUCGGAUCUCUUGGAAGCCCUGAGCUAUUUGCAUGCUGUGGCGAUGGUGGCCCACAGGGACGUCAAGCCCCAGAACUUGCUUUUAGAUGGAAGCUCCACCUUGAAGCUGGGCGAUUUCGGUGUGGCUGCCAAGAUGGAUGAAGACCACCUGGUGCACGGCACCGAGGGGACCUACCCGUUCUUUUCCCCGGAGAUGUGCCAGACUGGCUACGUGGGCCAUGAUGGGCGGAAGGCAGACAUGUGGGCAACAGGCGUUUGUGUUUGGGCCUUCCUCCUCGGCACCCUGCCCUUCCAUCAUGAGGACCUGGCUGCACUCAUGGAUGCCAUCGCUUUUGGGGAGGUGGAACUGCCUGAAGGUAACACCUUGUCUGAAGACAGCCGCCGACUGCUCAAAUGGUUGCUGUGCAAGGAUCCUGCUGCACGGCCUUUGAGCGAAGCGGUGCUCCUGGAUGCAAUGCUAGGUGGAGCCCAGAGCCCUCACGGACCACUCCCUGCGUUGAGAAAAAGCGAGCGCUUCAAACCGUUUGGUUGGAGCAGGCGGAAGGCAGAAACUCCAGAAGAGGUUGAGCUGCUCCGGCUAGGCCUUGCACAGAUCGGCAAGUGA